UGGACCAUGAGCUCCUGAAGUUGCUGCUGCUCCUGUCUCUCUGAAUGAAGAUUGAGCUUCACCCCAGACUGCAGCUUCCUCCCUCUGUCCAACAUCUGAUUCUAGGAGGGGAGGAUUUGCAGAUGGAGAGCCGAAACCGAACGUCUGACAGAGUAAUUUGGGGCGCGUUUGUCGGAUCGAGUUUGGAAUAUCUGGGAGAGGAACGGAAGAAUCGGCACGCACUCGGUGAGCGUAGGCCAGCGCUCUGACUUUGAAGAAUUGUCAGCGAGGAGAGACUCGGGAUGCGUCCUCGAAGUGAAUAAGCCUCCGGCCUUCCCCUUUGCACCUCUUCCCCUCACCCCCCCACCCCGGCCCAUGGAGAAGCCGUGGAAGUGUGCGGACUGUGGGAAAGGCUUCCUCUCCCCGUCGGCGCUGGAGACUCACCGGCGGGUGCACACCGGGGAGCGGCCGUUCACCUGCCCGGCCUGCGCUAAGGGCUUCGCGCAGCUCUGCAGCCUGCUCUCCCACCAGCGGGUCCACACCGGGGACCGGCCGUACACCUGCCCCGAGUGCGGCAAGGGCUUCACCCACUCCUCCGCCCUGCAGCGGCACCAGCGGCUGCACACCGGGGAGCGGCCCUACUCCUGCCCUGUCUGCGGGAAGGCCUUCUCCCAGUCGUGCAGCCUGCAGAGCCACCAUCGGGUCCACACGGGGGAGCGGCCGUUCUCCUGCUCUGCCUGCGGGAAAGGCUUCACCCACUCCUCCGCCCUGCUGAGGCACCGGCGGGUGCACACAGGCGAGAGGCCCUACUCCUGCCCUGCCUGCGGGAAGGCCUUCAGCCAGCUCUGCAGCCUGCAGACCCACCGGCGGGUGCACACCGGGGAGAGGCCUUUCCCCUGCCCCGAGUGCGGGAAGGCCUUCAGCGACUCCUCCGCCCUGCUGAAGCACCAGCGGAGCCACACCGGCAAGCGGCCCUUCGGCUGCCCCGAGUGCGGGAAGGCCUUCGUUCAGUCCUCCCACCUGCUGAGGCACCAGCGCGUCCACACCGGGGAGAGGCCCUUCGCCUGCCCGGUGUGCAGGAAGGGCUUCACCCGCUCCUCCCACCUGCGGAGGCACCAGCGGGUCCACAGCGGCGAGAGGCCGUUCAGCUGCUCCGUGUGCGGGAAGGGCUUCACUCAGUCAUCCAGCCUGCUGAAACACCAGCGGGUCCACACCGGGGAGAGGCCGUUCAGCUGCUCCGAGUGCGGCAAGGGCUUCACCCAGUCGUCCAACCUGCUGCGGCACCAGCAGGUCCACACCGGGGAGCGGCCCUUCAGCUGCUCCGAGUGCGGCAAGGCCUUCACUCAGGCCUCCAACCUGCUGCGGCACCAGCGCGACCACACCGGGGAGCGGCCCUUCGCCUGCUCCGAGUGCGGCAAGGGCUUCGCUCAGUCAGCUCACCUGCUCAACCACAGGAGGGUGCACACCGGGGAGAGGCCGUUCCGCUGCCCGGCCUGCGGGAAGACCUUCACUCAGGCCUCCAACCUGCUCAUGCACCGGCGGGCUCACACCGGGGAGAGGCCGUUCACCUGCUCCGUCUGCGGGAAGGCCUUCAACGAUUCGUCCACCCUGCUGAGGCACCAGCGGAUUCACACGGGCGAGAAACCGUUCGCCUGCUCUCGGUGCGGGAAAGCCUUCAUUCAUUCGUCCAACCUACUGAGGCACCAGCGAGGGCACAAGUGAAAACUUGGAGGAAGGGGGUGGGCUUGGAUCCUCCUGCCCGAGCUGCCGUGAGUCGCCCCCGGGCCUGAGCCGGGUUCACUCAGACAACGGGGUGGAGUGGGAGAGUUCCUUUCUCCUGAACAGACCACCCCCCCCUUCUCCCACUUGGCUUCCAGCGCGGACGGUGCUCAAGCAAUCGUAGGAUCCCAACAGCGUGGAAGCAGGCCAUUCAGCCCGAUGAGUCCAUGCCGACCUUCCAAAGAGCAUCUCACCUAGACCCAAACCUUCCCCCUCCCCUGAUCCUGUGACGCAGCAUUUCUCACCGCUAACCCGCCCAGCCUACAUGUCCUGGACACGGUGGGAUAAUUUAAAACAGCCAAUCCACCCUAACCUGCACAUCCCAGGGCUCUAUGGCUAAAUUAGCACAGCCCAUCCACCCUAAUCUGCACAUCCCUGGGCACUAUGGGUAAUUUAGCAUGGCCAAUCCACCCUAACCUGCACAUCCCUGGGCACUAUGGGUAAUUUAGCACGGCCAGUCCACAUCGUUAGACUGUCAGAGGAAACCCUCGCAGACACGGGGUGGGGUUGACUGUCUGUAUGGCGUUUGCACUGUCACCCCGAGGGUCGAAUCGAACCCAGGUCCCUGCCGCUGUGAGGCAGCAGCGCUAACCACGGAGCCACCUUUGCGCCCAGGCCUACACAUUUCCACUGAAAUGAUCCCCAGAAGCUGAGGCAGGAGAUUUAUUUAAUCUUGGACGGGGCAUAGCAUUUUCCCAACCUCAGGAAGUGAGACUAAAAUAAAAUGUAUUUGCACAAUUCGCAUCCAAAACAAAUAUGGAUUGGGACAGUCGGGGCUUGGGAUAAAUAAGACUCGGAACUCUCCGCAGGCUGGGAGUGGGGUAAACAGACAGCUGGCAAAUCUUUAAUGUUCACGAGAGUGACCCCAGGAAUGGAAGGCUUAACAUAUGAGAAACAUUUGAGGACUCUGGGACUAUCCACGAUGGGGUUUGGAAAUUUGAGGGCCGAUCUAAUUGAAACCUACAGAAUACUGACCAGCCAGGACAGAGUGGACGCUGGGAAGAUGUUUCCAUUGGGAAGAGAGACAAGGAGCUGAGGGUACAGCCUUACAGUAAAGGGGAAGGGCUUUUAGAACAGAGAGAAGGAGAAACGUCUUCAGCCAGACAGUGGUGAAUCUAUGGAAUUCAUUGCCAUAGACAGCAAUGGAUGCCAGGUCACUGAGGAUAUUUAAGAUUGAGAUGGAUAGGUUCUUGAGUAUCAAGGGGAUCGAGGGUUACAGUGAGAAAGUGAAAGAAUGGGAUUGAGAAACUCAUCAGCCACGAUUGAAUGACGGAGCAGACCCGAUGGGCCGAGUGGCCUAGGUUCCGCUCCUGUGUCCAAUGGUUUUGAUCUGUUCCUCAAAGCUCAGGUACCUGUGCAACUGAGAACUCGGGACGCUCGGUCGAGGAGACAAACCCGCCUCCCGUCCGACCCCAAACAGGAAACUGAAACCCAACUGGAAACUGACAGAAUGAAAUUAAAUGAGUCAGAGAGAGAGAGAGAAAACUGCUCCCUUUCAGGGUGUGGGCUGGAAGAUUCCAAAGGGAAUCCCCUGCACAGGGUCUUUUAUCCUGUUGAUGAGCAAACCUCGAUUCAGACCCCUCCACUGAUUGUCAUGUAAUAAAUUCGCUUUGGGUCAGGCGCGACGUGAUAAAGACAAGGACGUAGCCAGGGUUGGAGGGUUUGAGUUACAGGGAGAGGCUGAAUAGGCUGGGGCUGUUUUAAUAGACUCCCUACAGUGUGGAAACAGGCCCUUUGGUCCAACAAACCGACCCUCCAAAGAGUAACCCACCCCGACCCAAUGCCCCACCCCUAUUACUCUACAUUUACCCCUGAUUAAUGCACCUAACCUAUCCAUCCCUGAACACAAUGGGGCAAUUUAGCACAGCCAACUCUCCCUAACCAGUGCACCUUUGGACUGUGGAAGAAAACCGGAGCACCCGGAGGUAACCCGCGCAGAUGUGAGGAGGCGGGGGUGGGGGACAAUGUGCCUGGAAUUGAACCCGGGUUCCUGGCGCUGAGAGGCAGCAGUGCUAACCACUGAGCCACUGUGUCACUUUCCCUGGAGCGUUGGAGGCUGAGGGGUGACCUUCUAGUGGUUUAUAAAAAUCAUGAGGGUAAUGAAUAAGGUAAAUAGGCAAGGUCUUUUCCCUGGGGGUAGGGGAGUCCAGAACUAGAGGGCAUCGGUUGAGGGUGAGAGGGGAAAGGGACCUAAGGGGCAACUUUUUCACACAGAGGGUGGUACGUGUAUGGAAUAAGCUGCCAGAGGAAGUGGUGGAGGCUGGUACAAUUGCAACAUUUCAGAGGCAUUUGGAUGGGUAUAUGAAUAGGAAGGGUUUGGAGGGAGAUGGGCCGGGUGCUGGCAGGUGGGACUAGAUUGGGUUGGGAUAUCUGGUCGGCAUGGACAGGUUGGACUGAAGGGUCUGUUUCCGUGCUGUCCAUCUCUAUGACUCAAAGUGCAGAAAUCUCUGGAUAGUUAAAUUGAGAAGUUUUAAGUUUGUUGAAGGUGAAAGGUUUCCUGACAAACAUUAAGGCUACGACUUUCCCAGCUCUCUGC